GCUGCUGGCGGGGCCGUCGUGGACGCCUCGCGCAUACACUUGCUGCUCCAGAGGCUGCUCAGUGCAAGCAUGACGGCUGGAAGCUGGACGGUCGUGUGAUGAGACGAGCGUGUAGUCUGGCGCAGCGUCUCGGCAGAUGCGCUCUGCAGCUGUUGUCUUGGUGCUGUGGGCUCGUUCGCUAGCGCGGUGCUUGGGCCUCCUCUCCUUUCGCGAGACGAGUGGCCGCGCUCGCCUCUCUGUUCUGCUGCCUGCUUCUCGAACGACGCGCGAGGACCAUGAGAGACCGCAGCCCUGCGACAGCAGACUCUCUUGCGCGAGGCACGGCACGGCUGCACACAGCGUUCGGUCCCAUGUUCAGCGCACCGCGGGACAGCGCAGGCCAGCAGGCGCCUCGCUUCGGGCGUUGAUCCAGAGUGCGCAUGCUCGGGCCUCUUCGCAGGAUCCGUCCCGUCGAGCCUCGAAGGCACCUCAGCCAGAGCGAAGAGCUGCUGGCACAAGGGCUGCAGAUGCUCGCGGACUGCGAGAGCGGGCGCCGGAUCUUUCUUCAACCGCUCCAGGAGUCUGGACUCAUCGCCAUGCUGCAUGCGCGUGGAGGGCUUGCAGGGAUGUGAGUGGUCUCAGGGGCAGAGAGGAAUCGCUAGGCGGGAAUCAGAAAGCCUUCGCCGAGGAUGGCGAUGCACGCGACGGACUCCUCAAGCGAGCUGUCAGGCCCCUCAGGAACUCAAUUCAUCGAGCGGGAGCGCAGACGUCGUGUACCCCACGCCCGGAGCGACAUGAUAAGCGAAGGCUUCCAUGCUCGCUGAAGGGGCCCGGGAAGUGCCUUGCGACAUGAGAGCACAGAUCUCGCGUCCCUCACUCUGGCACCGCCUCGUCUGUGCCUCUGGGCGCACUCGACCGCUCUCCCGCCGUCCUUCAUCUCGUCUUUUGCCGCACGGGGCUCCUUGCGAUCGCGGAGUCUAGAUCUCAGCGACAGCGUCUGCACCUCGACGCUCGCUCUGCUGCUGCAAGGAUCGCGACUCUCCCUGCGAAGGAAGAGGAGAUGACGUGCAUGUGGACGCGGCCAGCGCUCAGGCAGAGUGCCUCAGCUCAAACGAGUGAAGCCGCAGCAC